AUGGAAGCUAUUCUGUCAGAAAGAGCCAAAGGACUUCAAGAAAGAAAUAUUUUAAGAGAACAAUCAGGGUUUUAUAGAGGAAUCAUAUGGCCAAGAAGUUCUCCUACUCUUACUACAAAUGGAACGAGAUUGCAAGAUUAUUACAUCCCGAAGAUCCUCGCCAUCUCUUCUAUAAUAGAGUUGGCAGAAACUGUGAAAUUUGGUGUUAAUAAGGGCAGGAGUAAUCACACAGAGAGAAUUUUAAGACGGUAUAAGGUGAAGAACGCAGACAGUCUAAUCUUCAAAAGUGUACAGAGUUUAGGAUACAGCAGGAUCAGCAGAUUUCUCCCAUUACUUUUUAAAAGACUUCCGAGAUCUCCAUGUGAUUUAUCAUUGAGUGAAUUGAGAUUAAAAUUUAAAGAUAUUCUCAAAAUAUUCGCUAAUCUUGGUCAAUCAAAGUUGCUAAUGUUAAGGAAAUGCCAGAUCACGGAUAUCAUCUGUGAUCCUAUUGUAAAGCAGAAAUACUGCCAAACUUUAAAGCUAGUGAGUCCUCCAAACCUUGGAAGAGCUAAUUACUCAGAUCUUGUUGAUGCCAACUGCAAAGCCUUGGACCAUGAAUCUCCUGAGUUGAGGGACCUAUUAGAGUGCACAAUCUCUCUAUCCCCAGAAAUCCCCCACCUACACAUAGACGGGUACUUUACCAAAACGGAGAUUCACCAGCUGAAGGAAGAACUUGGACUGAGCCAUGUGACUAUUUCAGGAUUUGCUAGGAAAGGAAGAGGGAUGUAUAUCAUUUCUAAGUAG